AUGCGAAGCUCUGUUCUAGGGCUCUUGAGCGCCGAGGAAAGAGCCCACAGUGCUCGAUUGCAGGAGAUAUCAUGCGCCCAGCUGCUCCGAUCAUGCGCCAAAUCCAAAGAUUUGCAGCUUGGCAGAGAGAUCCACGCCCGCAUCCGCAACAGCGAUCGCGGGCGCAGCCGCUACCUUGCCAAUCUCCUCAUCACCAUGUAUGCCGAGUGCGGCAGCGUCGGGGAAGCCUAUCGCGUCUUCCAAGCCAUCGAAACCCCCAACAUCUUCUCCUGGAAUUACAUCCUUAAUGCAUUUGCCCAGAAUGGGUAUCUGGCAGAGGCUAGAAGAGUCUUCUCCUUCGCUACUGAGAAAGAUGUUUUCACCUGGACCACCAUGGUCAGCGCCUUUGCACUAUCAGGACACUUGAAAGAUGCUCGCAAGUGUUUUGAGAAUAUGCCCGUACGAAACGCUGUGUCGUGGACAGUGCUUCUUACAGCAAAUGCUCAAGCGAGGCAUCCUUUUGCAGCAAAAGUAAUCUUUGAUGCAAUGCCUCACUGGGAUGCUGUUGCGUGGACUGCGAUGAUGGCCGCAUACAACCAGGCAGGAAUGGUUGAAGAAUCUAAAACAGUGUUUGAGACGAUGGCAGAGCGCGACGAAAUCGCUUGGAUUUCUAUGAUUGGUGCAUAUGCCCAGAGCGGGGAGUUGGAUCAAUCUAAGGAGCUGUUUGAUCGAAUGCCUGCGCACAAUGCCGUAGCGUGGAACGCAAUCACGUUCUCUUACACAAACGUCGGCGAUCUUGAGACAGCCAUCUCGAUCUUUCAGUCGAUGCGGGAGAGGGAUUCGAUAACUUGGGCAGCUAUGGUAGCGGCAUUUGCCCAAAAAGGGGAAAUGGACAUUGCUCGGGAGUUUUGGAGACGAUGCUCUCAGUGGGAUUCUGUGUCGUGGAACGCAAUGAUCGCCGGAUCUGCGCAGUCGGGGGAUCUCUUCGCAGCAAGAACAAUCUUUGCAAGAAUGGUUGGCCGCACGCUCAUUUCCUGGAAUGUUUUGAUCGGAGCUUGCGUGACUGCGGGACAUCUGGCAGCUGCAGUGGAAGCGUUUGAUCGGAUGCCAUCGCGAGAUGCUGUGGCAUGGAACGCGAUCAUCACCGGGCAUGCCCAGGAGCGAGAUCUGGCCGCGGCGAGAGAGAUCUUUGAUCGAUCGCCCGAGCAGGACGUGGUCUCGUGGAACACGAUGAUCACGGGCUACGCGCAGGCGGGGCGAUUGCGCGACGCAGACCAGCUCUUCCGCGCCAUGCCUGUGCGCGAGGUGAGCUCCUGGAACGCAAUGAUCGCAGCGCUCGCCCAGCGCGGGCAGCUCGAGGAAUCGAUGCUGCUCUUCCACGCCAUGGUUCUGGAUGGAUUCAAGGCCGACGACGUGAGCUUCGCGAGCGUGCUGGGGGCGUGCGGCCACUCGGGGCUGCUGGAGAAAGGGUGGAGCUACUUUGAGCUGAUGAUCCGGGACUGGCGAAUGCGCCCGCGGAUCGAGCACUACCACUGCCUGAUCGGUGUUCUUGGACGAGCUGGCGAGCUGGAGAGGGCCGAAUCGGUCGUCCACUCCAUGCCAUUCCAGCCGGACCUCCUGUCCUGGACGGCGCUCCUUGGGGCAUGCUCGAUCCAUGGCGAUGUGGAUCGAGGGCUGCGAGCUGCGAGAUGGGCGGCGAUGGAAAUGGAUCAUCGCGAGGACAGUCCCAUUCACGUACUGCUCUCCAAUCUUUUCGCUACAAACUCACUGCCCUUUAUAAAAGGUCUUUCAUAG